AUAACAUUGUUAUUUGAAUCGAAUCGAAAUAUUUUUGUGGAAGCCAAUGAAUCAAAGGUACCUGGUUGUGAAGGAGGUGCUGUAUACAAUAAAGAUAACAAUGACUUAAUAGGAGUGGUUGUUAGCACAACAUUUGAUUGGAAUAGUGAAAAUGCGACUUUAACACUUGUGGCUAAAUUCAAUGAAAUCAUGGCUGAAUUUAUAGAACAGAGCAAAUUAACUUCAAUCAAUAUAGAAAAUGAAUUGGACAUAUAUCAUGACUCCAAAUUUAACAACAGAGACGCAUUUGAUUACAAAAGCUUGAACUACGUUAGACAAGAUUCAUUGAAAUUUGAAAAUUUUAUUGUCCUAAUUCAAAGUGGAGAGAGUUGGGGUAGUGGAUGUUUUGUUAAAAUCAAAGAAGUACGUAUGAUUAUAACAUGUGCUCAUGUGUUGGAAAAUCAUAACGGAAAUGUUCAUUGUACUUGGAAAUUUGGUCAUUUUGAAAGUAAAAUUAUAUUCAAAAAUCCAUAUUUUGAUGAAGCAUUUGAUAUAGCAAUAUUAGAAGCACCACAGAAUAUUCCUGAGCAGAAUUUUACUAAGUGUUAUACGACACCUACGAAAAUUGGUCAAAAAGUGUAUUCAUCCGGUUUUCCGCAUUUCACCAGUUUGGGUAAAGUACAUGAGUUCUUUCCCAGCAUUUUUGAAGGACGCAUUACAAAAAUCUCUAAGGGUGUUAUAUUCAGCGAUGCCAGUGUACAAUCAGGUCAGAGUGGAGGACCAAUGUUCAACCUUGAUGGUCAUUUGAUUGGCAUUACAAUAUCAAAUUCCAGAGACGAAGCUUAUCAGCUUAUUUAUCCAAAUGUUAAUAUGUCUGUGCCUGUUUUCGAAAUAUUCCCCAUUCUACAACAAUACGGAAAGUCAAAAGAUGAAAAACAUUUGCAAAACUUAGUGGCAAACAAUGAAGUGAAAAGCAUUUGGGCCUUGGAAACACCAAAAAUUUUAUGUAAAUUGUAAAAAGAAAAUGUGAUCUUAAUAAAGAAUUUUUUUUAUUAAAUUGAAUACACA